AUGGGCAUCCAACCACCGGCGAAUCCACCAGGUGGACAAUGGGAACCAAUUUCAACUGCUGGGCCUUCUGGACUGGAUGUAAUUAAAACGCAAGAAUUAGAAAAGUUUAUGGAGUCUCGUGGAUUAUACGAGUCUCCGGCGGAAGCCUUGAAACGGGCUGAGGUCCUGGGGAGAUUGGACCAGGUUGUGAACAUCUGGGUGAAAAAAGUCACCGAAAAUAAAGGGUACAACGAGCAGAUGGUUGAAGAAGCUAGAGCCAUGAUCUUCACGUUCGGCUCGUAUCGCUUGGGUGUGAAUGGUCCCGGAGCUGAUAUUGACACCCUCUGUGUUGGGCCGAGGCAUGUUAAUAGGGAGGAAGAUUUUUUUGGUGAACUUCAUAGGAUGCUCGGUGAGAUGCCUGAAGUAGAAGAUUUGCAUUCCGUUCCUGCUGCUAAUGUUCCUAUUAUGAAGUUCAAGUUUGAUGGGAUUUCUAUUGACCUACUCUACGCGAAAUUAGCCGUUUGGGUUAUUCCCGAAGAGUUGGAUCUUUCUGUAGAUUCGGUGCUGCAAGACUUGGACGAGAAGAGCGUCCUUAGUCUUAAUGGUUGCAGGGUUACCGAUGCGAUACUAAGACUAGUCCCUCAUGUUCCAAAUUUUCAGACGACCUUAAGGUGUAUACGUUAUUGGGCAAAAAUCAGGGGAAUUUAUUCGAACAUGGCAGGGUUUCUUGGCGGGAUAAAUUGCGCAAUUCUCGUUGCUCGGGUUUGCCAAUUAUAUCCUAAUGCAGUGGCCAGUUUCUUGGUUUCUAGAUUUUUCAAGGUGUAUAGCCAGUGGAAAUGGCCUAAUCCGGUCAUGCUAUGUCCCAACGAAGAAAGAUAUCUGGGCCUUCCUUUUUGGGAUCCAAGGAGAAAUGUUAGAGAUGGCAGAGAUUUAAUGCCAAUAAUAACACCUGCGUAUCCCUACUCAAACACCAGUUAUAAUGUGUCAUUGAGUACACAGUGUGUUAUGAAAGAAGAAGUUGAAAGAGGAAGGAAUAUAUGUGAGGCAGUUGAAGGCAGCAAAACAGAUUUGAUUAGCCUAUUUUACCCUUUUCAUUUCUUUUCGGCUUAUAAAAAUUAUCUACAGAUCGACAUUACCGCCAGAAAUCAUGACGACUUCAUGAGUUGGAAAGGACGGGUCGACUCUCGGCUUCGUUUGCUGACUAUGAAGGUUGAUAGGGACACACAUGGGCAGCUACAGUGCCACCCACAUCCCGAUGGCUUUUUGGACAAAUCCAAACAAUUUCGUUGUUGUUACUUUGUGGGGUUGAAGCGGAAACAUGUUGUUCGUGAUCAGAAAGGUGAACCAUUUGAUAUAAGGUCAACUAUUGAAGAAUUUAAGAAUUGUGUGGGGAUGUACACGUCUGUAAAACCUGGGAUGUUGAUCGGUGUAUCUCACAAAAAACGCAGUGACAUUCCUCUAUUUGUCUUUCCUGGUGGAAUUCGGCCUGCUCGUUCUACAGGAGUAGGCAGAGUGUGUGGUGGGGCUGCUGAAAAGCCUAGAAAUUUCAGUCCUCUUCAAGCGGUUGAAGGUGUUGUUGGAAGGAAAAGAAAAGCAGAUGAAUCUGAUACCAACAAUAAAUUUAGAAAAUGUGAUUAUGUGGCAACGAGCAGGAGUGAAGCUUUAGCAGCAGGGCAAACUAAAGCAAGUGUCCAACCCUCGGAAUACUCAUUAACGGCUUUACAGGAGCAAGUGAUCAGAAAUUGCUCUAGUUUAUUCAAUAAUGGUGGUGAAGAGGACCUUAAUGCUGCACCAUUCUCCACACCAGCUUCGACAUCUGCUAUCCCACAAAAGCCAGUUAUCAAGUUCAAUUUCACAUCUUUGAGGUACAUGAUGAUGGUUGAUUGUAGAAAAGAUGGUCAGACCUUGGAAAGCUCUUCAUUCGUGGGAUUUCUUGGGACAUGUCCAGAUGAAGAACGUCUUAAAGAUUAUGUUAGGAAAUAUGGGGAAGUGGUCGAGGCAGUUUACAAUCAGAAGAUUGAGUUUGCAGCAAUUGGAUUAAUGAAUAUGUAUAACUCUGGUGGAUAUCUUUAUGAUGCAAUUGACUUAUUUAGCGACUCUUCCAGUUGUGAAAUACACGUGAAGGGUGAGAAAAUGGUGGAAAAGUUAGUUUAUGCAAGAGAUGCAGAAGAAUUGCCUAGAGAUCAACCACUUUCAUCACCUCCGUUGUUGCAGAGACGCAAAGAACCUGAACCGCCACCGCCGCCUCCUAGUGGGCCCAAUGGGCCGAUCCCUUAA